CGAAAGCGAAGGCGGCGCCGGGCGGCCGCGCUCCGGGCGCGGGGGCUGCGGGGGCCGCGGUGCCGCUGCCCGGGCCCGGCGGAGCUUCCCGGCGCGUCCCGCCAGGUUCUGGAAACUGUUUUUUUGCGCAGAAGGCUCUGGGGAACACGGGGUGAGGAAGAGAGAACACUGGCAAUGAUGGGCUGUGGGAGGAAGCAGUGAGCCAGGGGAGCUGAUCCUGCACGUCACGCUUGGCACGCAGCCCCCCGCCGCGGCGUGGCCGGGAUGAGGCCGCUGCUCGCGCCAUGCCAUCGUGCGUCCCCGGCGGCUCGCCCCCGCUGCAGCCCCUCCGCCGUGACGGAGGCCGCGGCCCCCGCGUGCCCGUGGCCCCGCAGCACCCCCGGCCGCUGAGCCGCCGCCGCCCCGGCAUGGCCUCGCUCAUCGUGGUGACCGAGUGCGACGCGACGGGGAGCGCGAGCGAGGGCGAGGAGAUGAACGCGCCCGGAGGGGACGGGGCCGGGGACGCGCGGGAGCCGAGGGCCAAGCUGCACCUCUCGGGCCGGAAGCUUUCCCUGCAGGAGCGGCCGCGGCCGUCCCGCUCGCCCGGCAGCGACGGCCCCGGCGAGCAGCGCUUCAUCUACCCGUCCCUCCCUUACUCCCCGGUGACGUCCCCGCACUCCUCCCCGCGCCUGCCGCGGCGCCCGACCGUGGAGUCAAACCGCGUGUCCAUCACGGGACUGCAGGACUGUGUGCAGCUCAACCAGUACAAGCUGAAGGAUGAGAUUGGCAAGGGCUCCUACGGGGUGGUGAAGCUGGCUUACAAUGAGGAUGACAACACCUACUAUGCAAUGAAGGUUCUCUCCAAAAAGAAGCUGAUGAGACAGGCAGGCUUCCCUCGCCGCCCACCGCCCCGUGGGGCCAAAGCUGCCCCUGAGGGCUGCCUGCAGCCCAAAGGGCCCAUUGAACAGGUCUACCAGGAGAUUGCCAUCCUGAAGAAGCUGGAUCACCCCAACGUGGUGAAGCUGGUGGAGGUCCUGGAUGACCCCAGUGAAGACCACCUGUACAUGGUGUUUGAACUGGUGAAGCAAGGCCCCGUGAUGGAAAUCCCAACCCUGAAGCCUCUCAGCGAGGACCAGGCUCGGUUCUACUUCCAGGAUCUGAUCAAGGGCAUUGAAUACUUGCACUAUCAAAAGAUAAUCCACCGGGAUAUUAAACCUUCCAACCUGCUGGUGGGGGAAGAUGGGCACGUCAAGAUCGCUGACUUCGGAGUGAGCAACGAGUUCAAGGGAGCCGAUGCCCUCCUGACCAACACGGUGGGCACUCCAGCCUUCAUGGCCCCGGAGACGCUCUCAGAAACCAGGAAAAUCUUCUCUGGAAAGGCUUUGGAUGUCUGGGCCAUGGGGAUCACGCUGUACUGCUUCGUCUUUGGGCAGUGCCCUUUUAUGGAUGAAAGGAUCCUGAGUUUACACAACAAAAUCAAGACACAAACAUUGGAGUUCCCAGACCAGCCAGAAGUUACAGACUUCCUGAAGGAUCUGAUCACACGGAUGCUGGAUAAAAACCCUGAAUCCAGGAUUUCGGUCCCAGAAAUCAAGGAAAGUACUGUGCAACAGCCUUUCACAGGAGAUUUCUGGUCCUCUGCCCCUGCGGGAGCCUGGAAGGGGCGAGAAGCUGAGGAAAUGGAGACUAAGUUGCACCCUUGGGUCACCAAGAACGGAGCAGAGCUGCUGCCCACGGAGGAUGAGAACUGCACCCUCGUGGAGGUGACGGAGGAGGAGGUGGAGAACUCAGUCAAGCAUAUCCCCAGCCUGGCCACCGUGAUCUUGGUUAAAACGAUGAUCCGGAAGCGAUCCUUUGGGAACCCGUUUGAGGGGAGCAGGAGGGAGGAGCGGUCGCUGUCUGCUCCCGGGAACCUGCUGCCGAAGCAAGGCAGUGAAGAUAAUCUGAAAUGCAUCGACUUGCCCAACGUGGGAGAGGAGGAACUUCUCUCGUGAACAUCGACUUCGCGGUUCUGUUGAGCAACUUGGUGCAGGGGCACCAAGUUAUUAAAAGUUAUUAAAGUUAUUAAAGUGUGCAGCUGAGGAUGAGCAACACUAACAGAGCCCACAGCAACCACAGCAUGCCACAGCACUAUUUGAGUACAGUGCUGGAUGUAGAGCUGACAUAGCAGCAUGUUAUCAGACACCCGACUACUCGCCAUAAACAUUGAACAUCCGAUCACUUGGACUGCUGACUUCUGGUGGGGAAGGCGCUGGCUGAUAGCAGAGAGGUGAGCUAUCUCCUGGAGUGCUGGCUGAUAGAGGUGAGCUGUCUCCUGGAGUGCUGGCUGAUAGCAGACAGGUGAGCUAUCUCCUGGAGUGCUGGCUGAUGGAGAGGUGAGCUAUCUCCUGGAGUGCUGGCUGAUGGAGAGGUGAGCUAUCAUGUUGAGCAGCAGCAGUGCUUUGCAAAAAAACCACAAAAAGCCAAACCAAAAGCAGUCAAAAAUGCAUUUGUAACUGCUUUUACCUGGUGUGAAUGCCAAAUAAUUAGCAGGGACUAAUGCCAGCAUCACUGGGGUGUUGUGUGCCCAAGCGUGGGGGCACGUGCAGAAGGGUGAAGCUUUUGCCAAGUGACACACACGGCAGCAGAACCAGGUGUGCACUUUGAGAGUUCAGGACCUGCUGGAAAUGUUGCAUCUAUUUCUUGUUGUUCUGGUUUGUUUUUAAUUGAGACAUUUUUAAUUGCAUGGGAACAAUAGCAAAAAAAAAAACCCAACCAACCCCACCUUUCCAGCUUUUUAAAGAAUGCCUGCCUUUGGGAGCCAGGUUGUGUUACACAGCAUCUUUGGGACAUUCAGAGAGAGGUUAAUUACCUCCAAAGGCAAUUAAUGCCUUUCCUAAGGUCUUGGUGCGACUAAGGGUUGGUAAGUUGAGUAUUCAGUGUAUGAAAGGAAAAGGUAUUUAAGGGCUUAAGUUCAGUCUGAACUAUUUUUGCUGCAGACAUAUGAGUGAAAGGUGGUGUUUAGCUGAAUGUUUAGAACAGCAGAAGAAGCACUAACAACAGUUUGUUUCUAAAUCUUUUACUUGAUCUAGGUAGAUAUAUUAUUAAAUAUAAAAUUCAGGGUAAAAUCCUUCACUUCCAUGUACAUUACAUGGUUUACUACAGUUAAAGGUAAUAGAACUUAUGCUAUUUUUUAAGUAUAGACUUAGGGCUUGCUUAGAAUUUAAGAUCUUACUGAAAUACUUAGAGUAGCUAGUAAUUUUCAAAGAAACUUUUGUUUUCCAAACUCUUGAUUUGGAUUUUGGGGCCAAUGCUAUGUAUUUUUUGCAAGCUCGUUACCAGUGAUUUGUGAAUGCCUGUGGAUCAGAGGCUUGUUAGUAAAUUCAGUGUAUACCUAAUUCCUGGAUUGUUUCUUAUGAACAGCUCUCUUCACCUUCAGUCAGAUUACUCUGAUUAUUUUGUGGUGCUUGUAAACAAACAAAAAAACCCAACAACCUUGUGCUGUGGUGGGAGAGAUUCUGCCAUCCAGACUCACUUCCCAAAGUUCUCUGUGCUUGGACAAAGCUGGAGAACAGCCCAGUGUGGGUGAGCUGGAGAAGAGUCAGGGUUUGCUCGAGGCAAGGGGCCACGGUAAGUACAGCCGUGUCGUGGACUGGCAGGGAAAGCUCUGACCUCUUCUCUCAUGUGGUUGUGUGACCUUGAAUUUAAAAUGAUGGUGAAGCUGAAAGAGGGGGGAGGAUUCAAAUGUCCCAAGCAGGUAAGGGACUGCUGAGGUGUCAUUCUUUGCCCUAAGGAAGAAGGCACUAGGAGAGACCAAAGUAUUUUGAUUAACAGUAAGAUCUCUGCCUGCUACCCCCAGCCACAGAUGCCCUGCCUUUGGGAAGUGACUGUCCCCUUGUCUUCCUUCAUCUUGGGCACCACAAGCAGCAAUGCAGUGAAGUCCUUGGCCCUGCUGCAGAUGGACCUGGCCUGGUAAUUCCUGGUCAGGCUAGGUCUUUGUUAAAGCCAGGACAGCAUUAGCAGGUGCCUACACAAACAGUCCCUUACGUCUUCUGAUCACAGGAAGCAAUGCUCCCCCUAAAUCACAAUUUAUUACUACAACAUUGUGCUGCUGGCCUCUCUCCAAAGGCAGUGACGAUGGUUCAUGGUUUAGGAGCUCUGUUAGAAAGUCUGAAGCCAUCACACACACACUGUUUUCCUCCCAUUGUAGUCUGAGGCUGUGCCAAAGCCCUGCAGCUUCAGCUAUGGGAACACCAAACAGGUGCCUCUGGUGCCAGCACUGCUCCCCCCAUUCCCAAACAGGAAGGUGCUUGCCCAGGGACAGCUUGCUUGUCUAACCCUGUAAAUGGACUUGUUCUGCCAAAAAAAACCCAUGAAAAAUAUUACAAAAUAGAGCAUCUGAUUCUUUGUAGCUGGAGCAUAGUAACAUGUGUGGUGUGCUUUCGUUCAGGGAGAGGUGUAGAGCUGCUCUGUGGUGUGUGUCCCCACUUUGUGACUUGUCAGGUGCCUGGAGAGACAGUUUACAUUUACCAAACUGAGAGGCUGGCUGGUGCAAUGUGGCUCCUGACCAGAAUGAGCUGUACUAGCCCCUCACGUCCAGCCACAGAGUCACUAGGCCUCAGGUUUUACCACAGCUCAGUGGCUCAGGGCUAGCACAGGCUCGCCUCAUUCAGCAUGUCCCUAAGGCACUCUCCCAAAUGAUGGUGUCUCAGUGCCACCUCUGGAAUGCACAUUUCUGAAGGAAACUUGAGGUAGGUUUUUGUUGUAGAUUAGCAUCAAGAGUGGCUGUGUGAGGAAGAUCUAAGUGCAUGCCCUGUUAGAGAAGCUGUACUGUACGUGUAAAUCUGCUCAGUUCCCCACCUGCCCUUCCCUAGUAGCAAAGUUAGCUUUUCUCCUCCUAGUGAAGUAAACAUUUUGCUUGUGCCUUGGAACUGGGCUUUAGCUUGAUUUUCCCCAACUCCCUUCCUUUCAAGCAAGCCCAGUGCUGCCUGUAGGCUUAAUGCUGGGUACUGAGCCUUUAUGGCUCUGAAAGCACACAGGAAAGUUCAAAGGGGAAGCCAGGCCUCUUGUCUGAGUUGUUUUUCUUGGUGGGCCCCUCUUACCUAUCAAGCAAUGGAUCUGUUUCUUUUCUAAGGUCCUGAACUAUUGCUGAUUUUUAUACUGUUUGUUUAAUGACCAAGGCUUGUGUUUCAUUCCUAUCCCCUUUAUUAUGCAUUUAACUUUAUCAGGUGUAUCAAGUUUAAAUACUGUGUAUUUACCACUUUUAAAUUAUUUUACCUAAGAAGAAAGGAAGAAAAACCCAGCCAGCAACUACAUGUUUUUCCACAUGGCUGUUCAAGCUUCUCUGUACAAGUUGAAAUAAAUGACAUGCAACCAAA